AUGGCGACGAAGAUCACACGAGCAGAGUUCAAGGAGAUCUUUCCCUCACUGGUUGAGGACUUGCUGGGAGAAUGCCGCAAGUUCAAUCUCCCAGAAAAUGCUAUGCAAUGGUUCGAAAAGUCACUCAAUGCGAACACGCCCACUGGGAAGCUGAACAGGGGCAUGUCAGUACCAGAUACUGCGUCUCAGCUGCUCGGCCGGCCCUUGUCCCCCCAAGAGUUCAAAGACCUCGCAACCUUGGGAUGGCUCACCGAGUUGCUACAGGCAUUCUUCCUUGUGAGCGACGAUAUCAUGGAUUCAAGCAUAACCCGUCGAGGAGAACCGUGCUGGUACCGCCACCCGGGAGUGGGGAUGAUUGCCAUCAAUGACGCCUUCAUGCUCGAAUCCUCCAUCUACCUCAUUCUCAAGAAACACUUCCGCAGCCACGCCGCCUACAUUGACUUGGUUGAACUCUUUCACGAAGUCACCUGGCAGACGGAGCUAGGGCAGUUGUGCGAUCUGAUCACUGCACCAGAAGACCACGUCGACUUGGACAACUUCUCCAUGUCCAAGUAUACCUUCAUCGUCAUCUACAAGACCGCGUAUUACUCCUUCUACCUCCCUGUGGCUUUGGCCUUGCACUACCUUGGGCUCGCCACACCCAAGAACCUCAAACAAGCCCACGACAUCCUCAUCCCGCUGGGCGAGUACUUCCAGAUCCAAGACGACUACCUCGACGCGUUUGGCGACCCAUCGGUGAUCGGCAAGAUUGGGACGGACAUCAAAGAUAACAAGUGUGGGUGGUUAAUCAAUCAAGCACUGCUGAUCUGCACGCCCGAGCAAAGAAAGCUGCUGGACGAGAACUACGGACAAAAGGAUGAUGCCAAGGAGGCAAAGGUGAAGCAAUUGUACGACGAGCUACAACUUGAGAAGAGGUAUCAGGACUACGAGGAGAAGCGUGUCGGAGAGCUGCGGGGCAUGAUCGCGGCCGUGGACGAAAGCGAGGGCUUGAAGAAAGGUGUGUUCGACGCAUAUCUGGCAAAGAUCUACAAGAGGAGCAAGUGA